CUCUAACCUUACCUACCCUUGUACCCCAGCUUUUCACGUCCCCGGCCAACGCUGCCGAGACGUGGCGUAUCAUUGAACAGCACCCAGGUGGCCGGCUUUCUCACAGGCGUCACGAGGCAAUGGAGCGAAACCGGCGCAUGGCGGACCUUGAGCUGCCCCCGCUAGACCCCUGCCCGUGGUUGGCGGAAUCGGCCCCCAAAGGAGGCAAACGUGCUGGAAGGAACUUACUUCCCCUCAGAAGUGAACGAAAUGGUCUUGCUUGAGAUGACUAUGGCUUGCCUCCGUGCCAGCUGCCGGGACUUGCCUUGGCUCACUCCCGUCUCCUCCCUCACCGAAGCGGCGGUUGCCUGCAAGUCUGGCCUGUCGCAUGAUGCUCGACAUUCCUACGAAAUACGCACGGGUAUAAAGAGGAAGAGACCCCCGACGGCACCAGCGACGUCGCCAGUGGUUUCCAGUUCGACACCUGAAGCAGCGUGGCUUGCUCUUGGCCGUCACCCUCAGGCCUCAUCUGUCAAUCCCGUGCCAACAGACGACGCACGCAUUGUUCUGCCAAGAUGACUGCUUCCUUGUCAGAGAAGAGAGAGGCCAGCGUGGCCCACGACGAUGGCGCCCGAGACGUCGGCGCCGCUGUCCAGCUGGCUCACGAGGCCGAGGAAAAGCAAACAUCACCGUGGACUCCGUCCAUGUUUCGCCUCUACCUUGUCCUAUCCUGCGCGUAUCUCUGCGGAUGCCUCAAUGGCUAUGAUGGUUCACUGAUGGGCGGCCUGAAUGGCAUGACCUCGUAUCAAAAGUUCUUCGGCAUGAAGGUGGCUGAUUCAGGCACUGGACUCGUCUUUGCCAUGUACAACAUCGGCUCCGUGGCCGCUGUUUUCUUCACCGGUCCGGUCAACGACUACUUCGGACGACGAUGGGGCAUGAUAACUGGCGCAGCCGUCGUCAUCAUCGGCACAUGCGUACAGGCCCCAUGUAAUAGCCGUGCCCAAUUCAUCGGUGGCCGAUUUGUACUCGGCUUCGGUGUCAGCUUCUGCUGUGUGUCUGCGCCUUGCUAUGUGAGCGAAAUGGCCCAUCCGCGAUGGCGCGGCACACUCACGGGGCUUUACAAUUGCACUUGGUACAUUGGCAGUAUCAUUGCGAGCUGGGUUGUCUACGGAUGCAGCUACCUCGACAAUAACAAUGCCUGGCGCAUCCCCAUCUGGUGUCAGAUGAUUACGUCCGGGAUCGUUGUCCUGGGAACCUUUUGGCUCCCGGAGUCUCCCCGAUGGCUCAUGGCCCAAGAUCGACACGCCGACGCCGCCAAGGUCCUCGCGACAUACCAUGGAGAAGGCGACGAGAAGCACCCCAUGGUGCAGCUUCAGCUACAGGAGAUGAGCCAGCAAAUCUCGGCCGAGGCAUCCGACAAGAAAUGGUGGGACUAUCAUGAGCUCUGGAAUACACACAGCGCCCGUCGCCGCCUGAUUUGCGUCCUGGGCAUGGCCGUCUUUGGCCAGAUCAGUGGCAACAGCUUGACCUCGUACUACCUCCCUGCCAUGCUUAACAACGCGGGUAUCACGGACGAACACAAGGUCCUGGCAUUGAACGCCAUCAAUCCGGUCAUCAGCUUCAUGGGCGCCAUUCUUGGUGCUCGCCUUACGGAUGUUAUCGGCCGCCGACCGCUGCUUCUAUACUCAAUCGUAUUCUGCUCUUGCUGCUUUGCGAUCAUAACAGGGACAAGCAAGGCCGCACUGGACGAUCCCAACAAUGCCGCCGUCGCCAACACCACGGUCGCAUUUAUCUUCAUAUUCGGCAUCGUAUUCUCUUUCGGCUGGACACCGCUGCAAUCCAUGUAUAUUGCGGAGACAUUGUCGACUGAAACCCGCGCGAAGGGUACGGCGAUUGGCAACUUUGCCAGCUCCGCCGCCUCGACUAUCAUUCAGUAUAGCAGCGGUCCGGCGUUCGACAAGAUUGGUUACAAGUUCUACCUUGUGUUUGUGUUCUGGGAUCUGAUCGAGGGGGUCUUUAUGUACUUCUUUUUCCCCGAAACCAAGGAUCGUACUUUGGAGGAGCUUGCCGAGGUGUUUGAGGCACCCAACCCGGUCAAGAAGAGUUUGGAGAAGCGGAGUGCCACAACGGUCAUGAACACUCUUCAAGUCAAGGAUCACGGUAAGGGAGUGGAAGAGGUCUGAGACGAUGCUGGGCCGUGAGGGUAGUCUGUCGAUUCUGGAGACCCCAGAUGCGUAGGCUUGGUUGGGUCGGUGGCUUAAUUGGGCGUCGUGGUCAAAGACUUGAAACACUGGAGGUGCUUCGUAUUGUAUGUAGAAGCGUCCUUGCCGGCAGCGGAAAGCGUGGCAUUGGUACGUGUGGAAUAUGAC